AUGGCUCCAGCCAAGACCAUUCUCAUCACCGGUUGUUCUGCCCACGGCAUCGGAGCAGCUCUGGCUCUUACCCUGGCGCAGAAGGGCCAUCAUAUCUUCGCCACAGCGCGCAACCCUUCCAAGAUCCCAUUGUGUCUGUCCUCUCACCCCAACGUCACUCCGCUUCAAUUGGACGUGACCUCGACCACAUCCGCCACCGAGGCCGCCAACGCCAUCGAGGACCACGGCUCCGGUCUAGAUAUACUGGUCAAUAACGCAGGCGCAGGCUACACCAUACCACUACUGGACGCAGACCUCGACCAAGCCCAGCAAGUCUACGAGACGAAUCUCUGGGGCGUCAUGAGGAUCGUGCAGGUAUUGUCGGGUCUCUUGAUCGCCAAUCGCGGCCGCGUCGUGAACGUCAGUAGUGCACAUUCCGUCCUGAAUACGCCGUGGGCUGGUAUCUCAUCCUCGUCCAAGUCGGCCUUGUCCAUCCUCUCCGAGACUCUACGUCUGGAGCUCGCCCCGCUGGGUGUAUCCGUCGUCACUCUGAUGGUGGGUAUGGUCCUGACUUCACUUCAUGGCAACGAGCCCGUCUUCGUUUUACCGGCUUCUUCGCGCUAUGUCCUCAUCAAGGAUAUUAUCGCGCGCUGGGCAGCGGGGAUGGCAGGACCGAAGGGCUGUUCGACGGGGGUGUUUGCCGAGUCGAUUGUUGACGCCGUGCUUGGGGAUGCUCACAUCAAAGGAGGACGGGUUUGGAAGGGUCCUCAUAGCUGGGUCGUUCGGUUCGGUUCAAUGUUUGCGCCCAGAUGGUUGUCGGAUCGGAUGGUGGGUCGUGGACAGGGGCUGGAUGCGUUGGCUCAUCGUAUUCAGAAGUGA